AUGUCUACUGAAAAGAUUUCCAAAGAUGUUAUAGGUGAAGUUGUUUCGUCAGGCAAGCUGGAUUCCCGUGAUGUUAGCAUAUCGAAACAUAGGCUAACUUUACAAAUCAGAAACUUAGAAGGUUUGCAGGUUAACGUCACAUUGUUUGCAGAUUUCGCAUACCAAAUGAUUUCUUAUCUUGAAGCUCAUAAGCAAGUUGGAAUUCCUUCUGUUAACAAUUAUUUUGAUCACACACGUAUGUUCAUAAAUGCUGAUCUUCCCGAAAUUGUGGCCUUCACAGAUAGCUUGGUUGGAUUACGAAGAAUUCAAAACCCUUCUUCUUCUUUGACUUUUGAUAGCUCUCAAUCAUACAAUGAAUAUGAAGACUUUUUGAAUAAUCACAAAGUAAAAAAUAUUGUCGAUUUACUAGAACCACAAGAGGUCGGGAAAUUUAUCAUUGUUGGUACAAUUUACGGUAUACGACAAGAUAUUGAUUGGUAUUAUGAUGCGUGUUCAAUUUACGGUAUACGACAAGAUAUUGAUUGGUAUUAUGAUGCGUGUUCAAACUGUGGAAAGAAAGUUGAUCGAAUAGAUGUUUUUAGCGGUCCAGAUAGUGGUGAUGCAACUGUGGUAGUUGAAUGCUCUACUGAAAAGUGUUAA